AUGUCGGACUUCACGCUACCGCUGCCACGCAGAAAACGAGGCGGAAUCCUCAAGAAAGAUGACAACAACACUGUCAUCGGAGUUCCGUUCGAAACUUCAACCGCACCGUCGGCCUCAAGAGCUAGCUUGAACAGAUCAAAACGACGGGUAUCUUUCGCUCCAGAGGCCACAAUGACGACUUUCGAAAACCUCACGCCGCUGAGGAAUUUUGCGUCGAACCAGGAACGCGUUCAUGUGACCCAGUCGUCGUUCGGCGGGUUUUCCAAGCCAGGUUUUGGAGCUGUCGUGGAUUGGAAGGAUGAAAGGGAAAGGGUCAGGGAGGAGAAGGAAGACAAGGCAAAGGCCCUACGACAAACUACAUCAACAACAACCCCAGCACUUUUACGUGACUCAACAACUUCACGUGAUCAGCCUGUUGUUGCUGCCGCUACUGCACGCGAUGCCAACCACCGUCAGUCGCUCAGCACCAUCUUUGGCAACUUCCGGCCGUCACGUGACUCGUUUACCGCGAGCGAGUCGUUUUCCGAGUCACGGGAGUACGAUGCUUCUGUGAAUCUGUCACGUGACUUAUCCAACCCCGCCCACAAGGGUGGCAAUGUGGUGAAAACGAGUUUCAAGGAGCUAUUCCAGCGCGCAAUGAGCAAGUCGCGUGAGAGUGGAGCGCGUGAUUCAUUACUGUUGGGAAUUGCACGUGAUAGGAACUCCAUCUUGGGCCAUGUGGCUACAAACACGCUCGUGGAGGAAGAUGAGUCUGGGGAGGUGGAGAUGGAGCUUACAGAAGUGGCUCUUCGAGACAAGUCGGGAUUGAGAGAAAUUUCUGGGCUGCGAGAAAAUAGUGGAUCACGUGACUCGCCGCCUGUGAACGUCGUCGCUUCUCAUGACACGAGUCUUGCUAGUCCUGUUAAAGCCGAAGAGGACGAUGGGAUGGAUUUCACCAAUGUCCCGAGAGGUGAAAGGACCACUUCAGAAGAGAAUCGCGACUCGUUUGGGUCACGUGGCUCAAAUUCGCGCGAUUCCGGUGAGAUGGAUUUUACCAAUUUGACCCUUGCGCGCGAUAUUGCUGAGGCUAGGGCUGCUGACCAAAGCGGUAUGAAUUUCACCAAUGUCCGAAGACUAGACGACUCGGUGAUGCGGACACGAGCGUUGAGUCGAAUUUCCGAACAUGAUUCAGACGGUAUGGAAUACGCGUCUGCUUCCAUUCCUUCGGUGGCUCGAAUUGUGUCUGAGGAGGUUCUCGUUCGAUCUGGAUUGUCUCCUGGAGGCAGUCCCAGGGUGAGGGAGAUAGGAAACGAGUCCAUGGACUUUACCAAUGUUCCCAGGUCAUCCAUGGCAAGGGAAUCUCCAGGUAUGGACUUUACCAACGGUCCUAGAACGUCACAGGUUGCGGACAACUUUGACAUGGACUUCACCAAUGUUCCUGGGGGUGGAAGAACCCAUGAUAGUGCUCAGUUUGCCAUCCCGGCUACUCCUGCGCCUGUUCGUGUUAGAGCGGAUAUCCCGGAUGAUAAUGGUGACAUGUCUUUCACCAAUGUUCCCCGACGAGGAAGCAUUUAUACUGCCGAUACUCCUCGAGGAAUCAAACGACGUCGAGUUGAUGAUGGGGCGGACAUGGAAUUUACCGAGGUGGCUGGAAUUACCGCUGACUCUUCUGCCAUGGAUUUCACAGUCCCAGUGACUAGACCUGAUGACACCUCGGCCAUGGACUUUACUGUCCCUGCAAUGCCUGUAUCAGCAGAAGCAGCCGCUCCAACCACCAACGCCGACACUUCGGUGAUGGACUUUACGGGUCCUGUUGACAUGCCUGUUCCCGCCACCAAUACCGAAGACGCCUCUAUGGAGUUCACUAAACCUGUGGAACCUGUUUCUGGUCCUGUUGUCGAGACCUCGGCCAUGGAAUUUACUGUUCCUGAUACUCCUACAAUUCCAGAUACAUCAGCUAUGGACUUUACACGUCCUGUUGAUAUUCUUGAUGAUGGUCAAGUUGAGAUGUCAUUUACUCGACCUGUGGAGGUACCCAAUGAGCAAGACGAUGGGGAAAUGUCUUUCACUCAUCCGGUUGACGCUCCUCAAGAAGAGGAAGUGGACAUGUCCUUUACUAGACCCGUUGAAGUUCCUGCCCAGGAUGACAACAUGUCUUUCACCAACACAAACAUCACCAACGUCACUAAUAUGACUCGUUCUACAGCUACUGGCACCGGUAUGGAUUUCACUCGUCCUGUUCCUGGUGGCAUUGAGGUAGGUGACAUCGAAGUAGGAGAGACUGAACCUUCUGAUGAAGGUCAAAAAUCACCUAAAUCAAAACUGACACGUGACAGAAGAGUCUCACGUGACGACCACACUGACUACGAGUUCACCACGUUUGGACAGCAACUGGACUCGUCGACACGAUUGUUGUCUCAGAUGCGCAAUGAUGAUAUGGAGAAGUCCCUGGAGGAGCCUCUCGAGGAGCCCCCGAGAGAUGAUCACGUGCCUGACCAUCAUGGUCGUGUGGCUCACGUGAUCAUCCCUCUCGCCGACGACGUUUCUACUCCGGAGUAUCGUAACCGACCACUCAGUGCCAUUGCUGAAACCACAGAACGAGAGGACUCCGCUGGAGGAGGAGAUCACGAAGGCAUGUUCCAUCAUCCAGUCAAACAGGGCGUCACGGUGGCUACAAAUAGUGGCACUUUUGGUACUCAAUUCUCAACUCCCUUCUCCACGCCUGCCACUACCAAAUUGUCUACGCCUGGAAAGCGACCGUUCUCGGAGCUGUCGCGUGAUGAGACCCCCGAGCGGUCACUUGAGGACGGCGAUGACGGCGGUAUGGAUCUCACCGCCCCCAUGUCUCUCAGACACCGGUUUGAGCUUCUGUCAACUCCUCGAAAAGUCAAGGUCAAGCGAGGUGGAGCAGAAUUCGGGUCCAGGAUUGGUAAUUCUGUGUCGCGUGACCACAAGAGCGUUCUGUCUCGAGUUGGCGACCUUGGAUCCCCUGCUGUCCCCUCUGACUCUCUCACCAUGACCAGGUUCCUUCAGAUGAUCGACAUGCAGUUCAUGGACGACUUUCUGCUGCCUGGUAAACGCCAGCCCAACCCCGAUGUCUCAAAGUGCUCUCUCGCACAGUAUCUUGUCAAUUCGUACCUGCAUCCUCAUGUCCAGCUCUACUCCUGGGCUGUUGAGCAUCUGCGCAAGGAUAUUGAGGUUCGAAGUGCCAAUUUUGCCCAACUUGAUCAGGAGACGUUGAACGACGUGCCACCUAUAUUUGUGGACUACACCAGUGCCGAUUCGGGCGUCAAGCUGCUACUGAACAAGCAGUUUGCUCUCGACAAGCAGUAUUACCGAGUGGAGGCACGAAAGUCGUGGUACGAGUGGCGCAAGAGCAUCUCCAUCGACUUGUAUAAACGCCUGGCGACAAACCGAGAUCUUCUGCGUUCCGAUCUGAAAGUUAUUGAUCAAGAGAGUGAGACUGUUUCGACUGAGGUGGCUGAUCUCAAACAGUCGUUGGACGUGUCCAAUUCCCAGCUCACCCAGCUCAAGAACCUCAGCACCGACGUGGAGCUCAAACGACAGGUGUGCUCGGAGCUGCAACUAGUCCAGCAGCAACUCAUGCCUCUAGUUGAUAAGCUGGAACAGGUCAACUUGACGGUGGUUGAACUGGAGUCUGAGGUGGCCAAGGAGGUCCAGAAACAGGACGAGAUUAAGACGCAGUUGAUGGAACAGCAGAAACGACUGCUGGAUAACCGACACAUUGAUUUCCGAGAGAUUGAGCAGCUCCAGGAACAGCUCAAGAAGACCGAACAGAAGAAGGGUCUCAAACUCGCCAGAUUCGAACCCAACGGAGACGCAGUGUUCGAGUCCCGAGAUCUGUGCAUGACUGUGUCACGUAACUCGAAUCUCGUGGUCGCCAUUUCCGCUAAGUCGUCACUUUCUGACGACAAGCGAGAUGCGGUCAAGCUGUUGCCUCUGGGACAAGAGACCAUUGCGGGGAUCACAAAGACGUGGAGCCACGUGACCCAAUUCUUUGAUGCACUGUCGGAAAUCAAACUGGCGUUUAAUUCGCGAUACCAUGUGACUUCUGACGGUCACUUUGAGCUUUUCAUCAAAUUGUUGACUCACAAAGGUCAGAGUCGAACUGAUGUCAAUGUGCGAUUCCCCUUCUCGGAGAUCCGCUCUUAUCCUAACAUGCCAGGGUGUCAUGUGACCAGCAAGUGUGUAUAUGGAGUGAAUUCUGGCGUUUCGUUUACGACUUUUGAUGCCUGUUUGGAGGUUCUGUUGAGUGUGCGGUAG